GACUGUAGACCUUCGCUCCUCUCUUUAGCACAAGAGAAACAGUCAUGGCUUUAUUUCAGCUUUUCUUAAUCUCAAUAUUAAGUUCCUGCAUGGCACAUGAUGAGGAUAUUAUGACUCCUGUGGUGAAUAUCUACUCUGAGUUGAAGGAGCUUAAAGCUUCAAUUAUUGGACUGACAUUGGAUCUGUACACUGCUAAAAAGGAACUCGCAGAGCAGAAAAGCUUGAUUCAGGAGCUGCAGAAACAGAUUAAAGAGAGCCCUAAAGUGGCAUUCACUGCAUCCAUGUCAAAUACAGAGGAUACACACCGAGGGCCUUUUAGUACGGAGACCAAGCUCAUCUUUGAUAAAGUCCUAACCAACAUUGGCAAUGCAUAUGACCCUGUCACAGGAGUGUUCACAGCACCUGUUAAAGGUGUGUAUUACUUCAGGUACUCAGGCUCCGCGUUCUCCUCCCAUGAUAUGGGUCUGAGCAUCUUUAAAGGCACGGCACGAUUUGUGUCUUCAUAUGAAUAUAAUUCUGGUGAGCGCAAUGACCAAAUGUCCAAUGGAGCAGUGAUGGAGCUGGAUGUUGGUGAGGAGGUUCACAUGAGGCUGUGGAUCCGAACCUGGAUCUUUGUGGAUCCACGGUACAACUAUUCCACUUUCACAGGCUACCUGCUUUACCCACUGGAUUCUACUUCUGUAUAAUUUGUAUGUGUGAAUUAUUUCGUAAAAUGUCAAAAAGGACCUGGUCCUGAAAACAUAUCUUAUGUUUCUUUGUUGUGUUAAUCAUACAUAAAUGUAAUUAAAAGGUCACUAUUUCAGAUAUACAUACAAGAGUCCUCCUUUACACUUCUAUGGAACAUUAAUUUUCAUUCAGGCACAGUACUUGGCUAUCCAAAUCAGGGCUUAUCAUAGACUUCUAUUGUUUUAUUAUAUAAAGCUACAAACUAAACGUCUUCUUUUUUUUUUACUUGAGUAUGUUCCUAGAUGGCAACUUAAUGAUGGUAACCUAAAAAAAUUUGUCGUCAAAGAACAGUUAUGUAAA